AUGCCGUCAAGCUUCGCUCCCCCCAUCGAGCACUAUCAUGUGAUAAUGGCCAUUUUAUCCCCUGAUCCAGAGAUCUUCGCUGCUCCGGUUGAUCCAGAAGUCGUUGCCGCCCCGGUUGAUCCAGAAAUAGUUGCCGCUUCAUCCAGAAGUCAUCGUUUCGCCUGUGAUAAAACAGAUGAUCUGAUUGCUGGUGUCAAAUCCACUGCCCUACUGUUUGGCGAUAAAACCAAAUGCUGGUUGAGUGCUUUCGCUGUGGCGGCUUUACUUGGUUUCGGUGUCACCGGUGCACUGGUGCAUCAAACAUGGCCGUUCUAUACGGCACUAACAGCAACC